CACUCAAUACGAUACAUAACUUCAGCAUGGCUCGUCAGUACGCCCAGCGCUUUGCUACAGCCUCACAUCUAUUACGAUUUGGACCCUCAGAAACAUUAUUACCCUCAAUUACAUGUCUACGACCUAAAUGGAGCGCCAACCGAUUAUUAACUCUCAAUACGCCCAGCCAACAACAAAAGUCGAUCCAUUAUGCAACACCAUUGACAGAAACACCCCUGUUCCUUACUUCUUCGGGAAACAAUCGCUCUAAAGUACCAUUGCAAUCGCUUACUCAAAGCCGUAACUUAACUAGCUCAAAUACAGCACACGAUACCCCGCCUACAGGAGAACUGAGCCAAGAAGAGCCACAAACAACCACAGAAGGAUUUAAUUUCUUUGCUUAUGCCUCGUGGCAUGCCAAAAAUAGGGCUCCUAAAGAAAAACAAAAGGAAAGCAAAACACCUUACUGGAAACGCAGUAAGGUCGGAAAGGUGGAUGCAGGCGAAGACGCAUUCUUCCACACCUACACACCAAAAGGCAUGGCUUUGGGUGUAGCCGAUGGUGUUGGAGGGUGGGCCGAUGUGGGGGUCGAUCCAGCCCUCUUUUCUUGGACAUUGAUGAACAAUGCAGCAGUUGUAGCAAAGGCAGAGAACCCAGUAGAUGCCCACCACAUUCUUGAUUCUGCCUUUAACCAGCUACGUGUUGGAGGAAAGGUCCCGGCCGGAAGUUCGACAGCCUGUAUUCUUAAUCUUUGCAAGGUUACUGGCCAGAUGACGACAUGUAACGUAGGAGACAGUGCAUUCUUGCUCAUUCGAGACCAAAAGGUUGUCUAUGAAAGCCCUAGCCAGCAGCAUUACUUUAACUGCCCUUAUCAGCUGACUGUGGUACCUGACACUUACCCUGACCGGGACAACUAUGUAACGGAUAUGCCAAAGGAUGGUGACCAAAAAUCCUUUUUCCUCAAGGAUGGCGAUAUUAUUAUUCUCGCAACAGACGGAUAUUUUGACAAUGUUUACAGCAGUGAAACUCUCGCCUUGGUAAAUAGCACGAUGAGCCGCCUCACUGACGCAACCGAAGAAGAUGAGGUCGUGACCACUGUCCGUGGUCUUGUUAAGACUCUCACUGAUACUGCGCGAAGGCUGAGCCUAGAUCCCAAACGACUUUCCCCUUGGGCCCGAGCAGCACAAGCUCACGGAAGCCACUAUAGAGGUGGAAAGGUUGAUGAUAUUACAUGUAUCGUUACGCUCGUUAAAGGUGUUCAUCCUGACCCAACACCGCAAGACAAUUAA